AUGGUGAGAGGUGCAGACAAUUCAGAUCGGUGGGUCGAGGCUACCCCAGCUGAGAGCGCACCUGCAGACAAUGAACAUGAGGUGCUAUCCGCUGCACAGGUUAGCGCCUGGCAGCAUCAGGGUUUUGCACUUGUAAGAGGCGUGUUUCCUGAUUCGUUGAUCGAGACCCUGCGCGAGGCCGCAACCGAACGGUUCCCUGCCCCAGGCAGUGCAGCGGCCCAGGGCGUCUCUGACUUUGGCAGCGAGCUGUGUUUCCCCAGCACCCUUCCUGGGUUCAAUGAAAUCACGCUUGCUCCGCGCUUGCUGACCUGCGUGUCAGCGUUGUUGCAGGCGCCGGUAGAAUCACUGCGACUCAGUCAAUCUGAUCUCUGGCCGAAAUAUGGCAGAACUGAAAAGUCAGCGGGGCCACUGGACAACAUGGAUCAGCGCAUUCAUAUCGAUUAUCCAAACCAUACCCUGGCCCAUCCAACCGAGUGGAGACGCCCGGAAGCGGUAGAGAUGAUUGUGUAUCUCAAUGACGUGGAGACCUGCGGCGGGGCAACCGCUGUGGUGCCGCGCCAGGGCGAUGCAGACCCUGCUUAUCGUUGGCCCAUUGUGGAUUCGCCGGGCAUAGGCGAGCUGGAUUAUGUGAACGAUCGUACAGCCGCUGAGGCGUAUUUUUCUCAGCAGCGUCCAGGAUUGGCUCAAUGGCGGGCAUCGCUUUAUGCGCGCGAAAAAUAUACCCGCUUCAAAGCAGGCGACGUACUUUUCUAUCGGCACGAUACCUGGCACCGGGGAACACCCAUGUUGCCGGACACGCUGCGACUGGUGCACAACAUUACCUAUCGGCGGGCGGAAUGUGAAUGGAUAAGCACCCUUCAUGUGGGCUGGGCGUGGUCUGCAUAUCGUAAGAGUAAAUAUCUGGAGCGCCUGAUUGCCAAUGCCAGCCUUGCACAGCGGGCGGUAUGCUGUCUUUGUGCAAACACAACAACGCCAUCGGACACCCCGCGCAACGAUAUGUAUACACUGCUAGUCACUUUUUUCCUGCUGGCACUCAUUUUUUCGUUUCUCUGCUCUAUGUGGGAGGCAGUGCUGCUCUCCACCACGCCGACGUAUGCGCGUAUGCAGUUUCAGGAAGGCACCCUGGUCGGGCGUUAUCUGGAAGAUUUUAAAGCCAAUAUUGACCGCCCGCUGUCAGCCAUUCUGACCCUCAAUACGAUUGCUCACACAGUAGGUGCGAUAGGCGUUGGCCAGCAGGCUGCAGCCAUAUGGGCCGAUGCAAAUCCCUGGAUAACGCUGUUCGGUGUGCCGGCAUUGAUGACGAUUGCGAUUCUGGUGUUGUCAGAGAUUGUGCCAAAAACGAUCGGCGCACUUUAUUGGCAACGUCUGGUGACGUUCACUGUGCAUAGCCUGAGGUUCCUGAUCGUUGCGCUGGCACCGCUGGUAUGGAUGAGCCAGUACCUCACCCGGUUACUCAAACACGGUAACAAUCAGCCGGUAUUAACGCGCACAGACUUCCUGGCCAUGGCUGAAAUUGGCGCACAGGAAGGUGUCUUCGAAGAAGAAGAAAGUCAGAUGAUUGGCAACAUGAUCCGUUUUCAAACCGUGCAGGUACGUGAUGUGAUGACCCCGCGCACGGUGGUUGCAGCGGCAGCUGAAAGCGAUGCCAUUGCCAGUUUUCAUACGUUGGGCAAACGUCAGCGUUUUUCUCGCAUCCCGAUUUACAACAUCUCCAAAGAUCACAUCACCGGCUAUAUCCUCAAGGCGGACGUAUUGACUGCCUUGAUAGAUGGCCAAGGGGAUGAACCGCUGGCUUCGCUGCGGCGCGAGAUCAUUGCUGUUGGCGAGACCUAUGCCAUUACGGAUCUAUUCAGUACGCUGCGCGAACGCCAGGAGCACAUUGCCGUAGUGUUGGAUGAUUUUGGUGGCAUGGCGGGCAUUGUGACCCUGGAAGAUGUCAUUGAAACAUUGUUGGGGUUUGAAAUUGUCGAUGAGACGGAUACAACAACCGAUAUGCGUAUGCUGGCGGAGCGACACCGGGAUCGACGUGCUAAGACCCUGGGUGCAUUAGACGGGCCGGGCUUGAGCGACUGA